UGAGGUGCCAGUUCCCGCCGCGUCCUCUCCGAGUGAGUGACUGAGAGUGCUGCGCCCCCGCGGCCCUCGCCCUCCAGCCCCCCAGUCUAGCCGCCCCUAACGCAGUGCGCCCUCGCCGCCCUUCCCGCCCUUGGACCGGCCGCCGGCCUUCGACCUUCCACCUCCUUCGCGGGUGUCUGAACAGAAAACGGAGCAGCCAUGGCGAAAAGCUGGGCGACGCUGGGCAUCGACGAUGUGACGGACCGGCGGGUGCUGCGGCCGCUGCUGGCCGAGUUCGUGGGCACCAUGCUGCUCGUGGUGGUGGGCACGGGGGCCACCAGCGCGCAGUGGUCCGAGAACGGCGCCCCCUCCGUCGUGCAGAUCGCCUUCACCUUCGGCCUGGCCGUGGCCGUCAUAGCGCAUAUCAUCGGGCCAGUGAGUGGCGGCCACAUCAACCCCGCCGUGUCAUUCGGGCUCUUCUGCUCCGGGGACUGCAGCUUCCUCAAGGCGCUGUUCUACACCGUAUUCCAGUGCCUGGGCGCCAUCACCGGCGCCGCCAUCCACCUCGUGACGACGCCCAGCGGCAACCGCAACGGCCUGGGAGUGACGGGGCUGAGCAACGGCGUGACGUGGUGGCAGGGCUUCGUCAUCGAGGCCGUCAUCACCUACUUGCUGGUGCAGGCCGUGCUGGCCCUCGCCGAGGAGGGCUUCGCCGGCAAGCUGGCCGUCGGCUUCAGCAUCACCGCCUGCCAUUUAGCCUUUAUAAAUUACACAGGAUCCAGCAUGAAUCCAGCUCGGUCACUGGGCCCCGCUGUUGUCCAAGGGAAUUUCCUCAACGUGUGGGUGUACCUGGCGGCUCCACUGGUAGGUGGUGCUGUUGCCGGCAUUGUCUACCGUGUCCUGCUGAGACCCAAGAAAGACGACGACACGAAAAACUCAUAUGACUUCUAAAUAAACUCGAGGAACACCGGUACCGGUGUUCUGCGAGGAAGAGAAAGCAGGGAUGAAGAAGGGUGGGGAAGGGGGGGGGGCAUUUGUAUAUAGCUACAUGGAUUUAUGUGUUAAGUUGCAAAACAAGUACCUAUUAUGACGCUUAGGGCGUUUGCUAACCAACAGCUGUGCUGAAAACAGCUCGGAUCUAAUAAGUUGCCAUUUUGAGAGAAAAUCGUAUUACUUUCACCAUCAUCAUCAGCUGAGAAGCUUCUCUACCCAAAAAUAAAGAAUGGUAUGCUUAGGUUUUUGGCAUAAGAAUCUUGUGUCAUAGGAUGCUGACAUAUGUUAUAUAGGAGUACAAAUCAACCUGGCCAUAGUUUCCUGCCUAACAAGAAUGCUGGUCUGUUUAGACUCAGGUUGACUCUCAGAAUUAAACUCUAUACCUAGUUGAUAAGUCAUUCACAUUUCCUCCCAUUUUUUUCAUCAUGAUCGUGAUAGCCAAUAAAGGUGUAAAUAAAUAGUUUACAAAUAUAAAAA